AUGGCUGCCCCCGCCACCAUAGAGCCCGGCGCCGAGACCGACCAUGCUCAUACCCAAGACGACACUCGAAAAUCGGUCGAUUCAGUCCAAAUACCCCCUUUGACCGCCAUGCCGGAGGAAGAUGCAGACACACGGACGCCCAAGAUGACACACGACUCCAUGGUGACAGUCCGCUUGUCUGAGCCGCCGUCCUUGACUCUCGACACAUCUUCUGCCUCUGGUUCGGAGCCAGCUUCGAGUCCGGUAACAACUCUACAUACUACUGAGCCCGACACGACGAAAGGCUUCAAAAAUAACACUCAGCCCGAGACAUCCGAAAUCGACAACGUUCAUAACUCUCGAGAAAGCGUAGUCGUCGUCCGGGACUCGAGAACUACACUACCCCGAGCAGACACCGCUCGCAGUUUGCAAGACGAACUGGGCCAAUACGAGGACAACAACAGUGAUACAUCAGAAGACCGUGAAGAGGUAGACUGGGAGGAACUGGAAAAGACAGAAGAUCAGCAAACGAAAGACGAAGAAACAGACAACUCGACGGCACUGCUUCUCGCUAGACUUGAACAGGAAAACGCAAAGUUGGCUACGAACCCCAAGACCGUCAAAGUCCAAGCCGUCGAGAGGCUUAUGGCGGCCAAAAGCCGACCGCCUUCCAUGGCACAGCUACGCCAAAUGAUGAGCAGCCCGACACCCCCGGAGCUUCGAUACUCGAUGCUACCACCCCCUGCAAUGACCGACCUGGAGUUUUACGCCGCUCUCGUCAAAGACUACCAGCAGACGGCCGCCCGCCUGCCGACACUAUUGUCAAACAAGAUUAGAAAAGGUAUCCCGCCGCCGCUCCGAGGUGUUGUCUGGGUGAGCAUGUCAGGCUCUAGAGAUGCGCAACUAGAAGAGCAAUUCGAUCGCUUCAGCGGCGAAUCUAGCCCCUACGAGCUCAUAAUCGGCAAAGAUCUCGGCCGAAGCUUCCCAGGAGUUGACAUGUUUCGCGACCCGGAGGGCGAUGGGCAGCGUAUGCUUGGGAACGUUCUCAAGGCCUUCAGCCUCUAUGACACAAAGAUCGGGUACUGCCAAGGCCUUGCAUUCCUGGUCGGCCCGUUGCUCAUGCAUAUGCCGGACAAGCAGGCAUUCUGCGUCCUGGUUCGUCUCAUGGACCGGUACAACCUAAGAACAUGUUUCUUGCCCGACCUAUCAGGAUUGCAUGUGCGCAUCUAUCAAUUUCGAGAACUUCUGCGACUCAAUUUUCCAGCACUGUCUGCCCAUUUGGAAGAGCUACAAGUGGAAACUGCCUAUGUCUCCCAAUGGUUUCUUAGCUUCUUCGCAGUCACAUGCCCGCUCCCCAUGCUGUUCCGCGUAUAUGACGUUAUUUUCGCCGAGGGAGCGUCUGAAACCCUUAUGCGCGUUUCUCUUUCGCUGAUGCGCAAGAACGAAGCUCGCCUGCUGGCUUGUCAGGAACUGGAAGAUGUGAUGCAACUAUUGCUAUCUCGAGGUCUCUGGGACUGCUACCACUAUGAUGCAGACGACUUUGUUCAGGAUUUUGCCAGCUUGACCAGCAUCGUCACCCGCGAAAAGCUAGCGCAACUGGAACAGGCCUACCGGGAGUCACUCAUUGCUACCGCCAACGCGGCUCGUACAUCUGACAUUACGACGGCCGCCAGCCGUUUCUUGGGACGUAUCUGGGCAAACUCUAACAUCAAGACUGCGACACUGGCUCCCGGACUUAGUGCGCCCGGCAAACAAUUCAACAUCUUGAGGCGCAGCACGUCGAAGCAGAGCCUUGCAUCCACUCUCAACUCAGUCGAAGCAAGUUCUGCUAGCGUUAGCAGCUCUACAUCUACCGACGGAACCAGCUUGUCACGAGAUUCUGCCAACCCCGAAGAGGCAUCCUCUAGUCGAGAAUCCACACCCGUGGGAUCAAAGCAAGCAGCAAACUCAAAGACGACCGAAGAUCGGUAUUUGCACAGCCAGAUAGAAGAUCUGCUGACCGCUCUUACCGAGUUACAGCGCAGCAAUGCACUUGUAACAAACCAACUACAGCGAGAACGUGAAGAACGAGACGAGGAUCGUCGAGCUGUCCGCUCUUUGCUCGAUGGGCUGCGAAGGCGAGCACACAACUCGGGUUCAGAAGAUGCCGAAACCGUGUCACGGAAUCCCCGAGACUCGGCGAUUGCUGAAGAUAUUGAAGACGAAGAGCAUGAAGAGCAGGACUCAGCUGGAGAAAGUGACGACACAGCUACUGUCGACAACAGGAGCGUUAAGGACGACACUUCUGCGAGCGAUGCCGACGAAGAUGAUGCGGUGACGCCAAUGGCAGACGUGGUUCAGCGGCCGUUUGGGCAUGAAGAGACUCUAGCGGUGCUGGAAGAACCUGCCGGCCCGCCAUCAACGGAAGAUCUAUCAGUCCUUUUGGACCGAGUAGAAACAAGAUUCGCGGCGGAAAGUAAAAAUAUGAAACACCGAUCAUCGAUGCUUCUGACCAAAUCUCAGUUGCGAGAAGAAUUGUCGCAAGCGAAAGCAGAGCUGAACGCGGUGACGGCACAAUGUCAAGAUCUCAACCGACGUAUAUAUGACAUGGACCAAGAGAUGGCUACCACAAAGGACCAACUCAAAGACCGCCAUGGCCAUGUACGAACGCUUCACCAAGAAAAGCAAAAGCUAGAAAAGCAACUGCACAGCCUCCGGACUAUGCGAGCUUCGGCCAGCCCGUCGUACGAUGCAGGAACGAAAGAUGCAGAUAUGGACUGGACGGCGGCUAAGGGAAUGAGCGGAGCAGGUCUGCGUGAGCUUAAGCUUGGACGUAGCAGAUCCACGCCGUCUACUCAGGGCAACUUGCAUAACAAGCGCAUGUCAUCGUUGCCGCAGCCAAGCGAUAUGCUGAGCGAGAUACCACCGAGCGAGCAUGAGACACUGCUGCAUGAGCUAGUACAGGCAAAAACGGCCGAGGCGAUGGCGAAGCAGGAAGCAGAAGAGGCGAAACAGAAGCUCGAGGCCCUUCGCAAAGCAACAGGUCUCGCACCUGGCGACUCCCCGUCGGCAUCGUCGGUAGCGGCGGGAGCCAUGGGCAUGUUUGGGCGACUGACUGGACACGGUUCCCCAGCAACAUCAACGGCAGAACCGGUGGGAAAACUGCCAGCUUCGGCGUCAGUCAACUCGGCGGCUGGCGGAGGAUUCUGGGGUUGGAGGAGAUAG